UAAAUGCAGCUUUUGGGGUUCUGAUGAAACGCGCGAUUCCUUCUCUCCCAUCGUCCCUUAGUUUACUCUCAUUAAAACUCUACAACUUCCACAAGAACCACAACCCACCCGCAUCACCGCCACUAGAGACCUGCUGUCGCCACUCCUCUCUGGCAUCCCUUCUUGACUCAGAUGCACUAAUAACUGGGGAACUUGACUGCCAGAAGCAAUGGCAAAGUUCUGGAAGCCCGGAACCGAGAAACCUCGACUGGUGGAAGACGAAGAUGGUGGCGUUGUCUUCUUCUAUUCGUCCUCAUCAUCUUCGUCUUCUGGUUUCGGAUACUCUAAUAACAUCGAAAGUCAGCGUCGGAGACUGCCAGUGUAUAAGCUCAAAGACGCUAUUCUCUUUCUCGUUGAAAAUCACGCUACUACCGUUGUUGUUGGCGAAACUGGUAGUGGAAAAACCACUCAAAUCCCUCAGUAUUUAAAUGAAGCAGGGUGGGCUGAUGGUGGUCAUGUUAUCGCUUGUACGCAGCCUCGGCGUCUUGCUGUCCAGUCGGUUGCUUUAAGGGUUGCUGAAGAAAUGGGUGUCAGACUUGGUGAGGAGGUUGGAUAUGUAAUCAGAUUUGAAGAUGUGACGACCUUGGGUGUUACUAGAAUCAAGUUCCUUACAGAUGGAGUGUUGCUGAGGGAAAUGAUGGAUGAUCCUCUUCUGUCCAAGUACAGUGUCAUCAUGAUUGAUGAGGCACAUGAAAGAUCUAUUUCUACUGAUAUUGUACUUGGUCUUUUAAAGAAGAUUCAAAGGCGUAGACCUGAACUGCGUUUAGUUAUCUCAUCUGCAACUAUUGAAGCGAAAUCGAUAGCAUCAUUCUUCAGAGGAAGUAAAAAGCAUCGAGGAACCGGAGACAAACUGGAGCCAAAUACAGAGCCCGCUAUUAUCUCAGUUGAGGGAAGAGGCUUUAAUGUGGAAAUCAAUUAUGUUCAGGAACCAGUCUCUGACUAUCUUCGAGCAGCUGUUUCAACUGUGAUUAUGAUUCACAAACAGAAAACAGUGGGCGAUAUACUUGUAUUUCUUACUGGCCAAGAUGAUAUUGAGGCUGCUGUUCAGCUGUUGAAUGAAGAAGCUCAGAGUUUUGACAAAAGCACUGGAGAAUUGCUUGUUCUGCGUUUGUACUCUGGGCUUCCACGUACAGAGCAGGAUUUUGUCUUGUCCCCUACUCCUAGGGGGAAAAGGAAGGCUAUAAUUUCAACAAAUAUUGCAGAGACAUCAUUGACCUUGGAGGGAAUAGUCUAUGUUGUGGAUAGUGGUUUCUCAAAGCAACGAUUUUAUGAUCCGAUGUCUGACAUUGAGAAUUUGGUGGUGGCGCCCAUAUCCAGGGCUUCUGCAAGACAAAGGGCGGGUAGGGCUGGAAGAGUGAGACCUGGGAAGUGUUACAGGUUAUACACGGAGGAAUACUACGUAAAUAAAAUGUCAGCUGAGGGGAUUCCAGAGAUGCAGAGAUCAACUCUUGUCUCCUGUGUUAUACAGUUAAAGGCUCUAGGAAUUGAUAACAUCUUGGGAUUUGAUUGGCUUGCAUCACCAUCACCAGAAGCUAUGAUUAGGGCUCUUGAAGUAUUGUACUCGCUGAAUGUGCUCGAUGAUGACGCCAAACUCACUUCGCCUACUGGAUUCCAAGUUGCGGAGAUUCCACUGGAUCCUAUGCUCUCAAAAGCUAUUCUUGCAUCUAAUGAACUUGGGUGUUCCGAGGAGAUGCUUACUAUAGCAGCUGUUCUUUCUGUACAGUCAAUAUGGAUCUCUGUCAGGGGUGCUCAAAAGCAACUGGAUGAAGCCAAGCUUCGAUUUGCUGCUGCUGAGGGUGACCAUGUAACAUUCCUAAAUGUGUACAAAGGAUUUUUGCAAUCUGGUAAAUCAUCAAAAUGGUGUCAAAAGCACUUUGUAAACUAUCAUGCUAUGAAAAAAGUUUUAGAGGCCAGGGAACAACUCAACAGAACCGCUCAACGGUUAGGUAUGAUGUUGAAAUCUUGUGAUAGAGAUAUACAGGCUGUAAGAAAGGCAAUAACUGCUGGAUUUUUUGCCAACGCUUGUCAUUUAGAAGCAUACAGUCAUGAAGGAAAAUACAAGACUGUACGAACAUCUCAGGAUGUCUAUAUCCACCCUUCAUCUGUUUUGUUCAGAGUUAACCCGAAGUGGGUUGUAUACCAUUCUCUUGUCUCAACUGAUCGCCGAUACAUGCGCAAUGUUGUGAAGAUAGAUCCUUCAUGGUUGGUGGAAGUUGCACCACAUUUUUUUCAGUUCCUAGAAACUAGUAAACUUUCUAAUUCGACAAGUGAUUUUGCAGUCUGACUGUUUUGAGAAACUCCGUAUUUUCAUCAACCAUGGGUAAAUAGAUGACUAUUGUCAAGUGUAGGAACAAAAAUUUGCAAUGGCUUGUAAAGGAAGUGAAUACAGUUUUUCGUGGUUCUAUAGAGAA